AGAGAGAGAGAGAGAGAGAGAGAGAGCUCAAGAGAGAGAGAGAGCUCAAGAGAGAGAGAGAGAGAGAGCUCGAGAGAGAGCUUAAAAGAGAGAGAGAGAGAGAGAGAGCUCGAGAGAGAGAGCUCGAGAGAGAGAGAGCUCGAGAGAGAGCUCGAGAGAGAGAGAGAGAGAGAGAGCUCGAGAGAGAGAGAGAGAGAGAGAGAGAGAGAGAGAGAGAGAGAGAGAGAGAGAGAGAGAGAGAGAGAGAGAGAGAGAGAGAGAGAGAGAGAGAGAGAGAGAGAGAGAGAGAGAGAGAGAGAGAGAGAGAGAGAGAGAGAGCGAGAGCGAGAGAGAGAGAGAGAGAGAGAGAGAGAGAGAGAGAGAGAGAGAGAGAGAGAGAGAGAGAGAGAGAGAGAGAGAGAGAGAGAGAGAUUAACCCCCUUCUUGGCCUUAGGCAGUGAGCAGUUGGCAGGAAGCAUUUAUGGCAGUUGGUUGUCCUAUAUGGAAUUUCACCGGUUUGAGGGUAAGGAUAUAGUAGAGUGUGAAGGAUUAGACCGGUUUGACGACAGAUAG